AACUGCUGCGGGGCCCCGUGUCUCCCUGUCCUCUGCCGUCACCCUCGUGGUGUCACUCUCCCAGCGUCACUCUCUCGGCGCAGAGCGGCACUGUAUUAGGAUGGCCGAUCCAGACCCCCACCUGCGUCAGCCCUGGCCCACAGUGCACGGCAUUCCCAUGGUCAAAGCCUUCACCCACAACUGGGAACGUGUCGACACUUUUCAGAGUCACCCUGAGGACAUUGUGGUGGUCACCUUCCCCAAAUCUGGCACCACCUGGGUCAGCGAGAUUGUGGACAUGAUCCUGCAAGGCGGAGACCCUGAGAAAUGCAAGCGGGACAUUAUCAGCAAGAGGGUGCCCAUGCUGGAGUUCUCUGUCCCUGGGAAGUUGCCAGCAGGGACAGACCUGCUGGCCACCAUGCCCUCACCCCGCGUGGUGAAGACCCACCUGCCGGCAGAUGUAUUGCCAAAAUCCUUCUGGGAAAACCGCUGCAAGAUGAUCUAUGUGGGGCGCAAUGCCAAGGAUGUGGCCAUUUCCUACUACCACUUUGACCUUAUGAACAAGUUACAGCCACACCCUGGGACAUGGGCCCAGUACCUGGAGGAGUUCAUGGCCGGCAGAGUGGCAUAUGGCUCCUGGUACAACCACGUCAAGGGCUACUGGGAGCGGAGGAAGGAUCACCCCAUUCUCUACCUCUUCUACGAGGACAUGAAGGAGGACCUCCGCCGGGAGAUAGUCAAGGUGGCCAAGUUCCUGGGGCACGAGCUGUCGGAGGCGGCACUGGAUGCCAUCACUCGACACACUUCCUUUGAGGCAAUGCGGGACAACCCCACCACCAACUACACCAAGCUGCCCUCCGAGAUCAUGGACCACAGCGUGUCCCCCUUCAUGCGCAAAGGCACCACCGGAGACUGGAAGAACCACUUCACCGUGGCCCAGAACGAACGCUUUGACCAGGACUAUGCGCAGAAGAUGUCGGGCACUGACCUGCGCUUCCGCACUCAGAUCUGAGGAGACACUGCCAGACACCCCCCAAAUCCGACCCAUGCUGGUGGCACUGUUCCUACACCAGGGGCUGCUUCCCCUCCUCUGAGACUGCUGGAAAGUAAUAAAAUGUGCUUCCUGACCCCUGCAUGGGGUGCUCACUA